AUGUACACUGCUAAUUAUGUAAGUGCCCGCGUUUACCUCCCUCUUCUCCUCUCUCUGGCCUUGCCCACUCACUCAGUUUUCACCCCCAUUCCCCUUCCCUCGUCUCCCCGUCCCUGGUCCUGUCCCGAUGUGCCUGCCGGCAGGGUGACACGUGGUGACACGUGUGAUUCACUCAAUGCCCUCUUCUCCACGCAGAUACAGCCGCUCAACCCUGCGCUCAGCUGCUCUGACGGGCCCAGGCCCAGCCAGCUCCUAUGUGUGGACUUCAACCAAACGUGGCUAGAACAGGGAAAAACCCGCGUACCAUGCGACCUCUUAGCCCAAAUCACCCCAACAGCAACCGGAGCCACACCCAGCCCUCCACCACCUCCUCCUCUAGCCAAUUACACGAGUGACGGAGCGCUGGUGACUGUGGUGCAGGGCCCGCAGAGCUGCCAGCAGCUGUGGCGGGCGUUUGCCAUCGCCUCCCCCACGCGCUUCUUCCAGAUGAAUCCCGGCCUCUCGUGCGACUCUCUGCUGCCGCACAGCCCCCUGCAGGGGAAUAUGAUGAGGAAGGUUUGA